AUGUCCUGGCACGGCGGAACCGCCUUCGACCCACCAGCUGCAGGCUUGGUCUCGCCGCAGCAGACGUCGCCGACCUCGACCACCCCCGGCGGCGACGACCACACUCGGAAGCGAAAGCGCAGCGAGAAUCCCACCGACAAUGGCGACCCAGACGGCGGCGAGGGAGCUGCAGGCGGAGGCAGCGCGGGGAGCCCGCAGCAGGCCAAUGGCAACAAGCCUCGACACCAGCCAGGCGUGAAGAGGGCGUGUAACGAUUGUCGCCAGCAGAAGCUUAGGUGCAACGUUGUCGCGGGUCCGGGCGACCACUACAAACCCUGCGAUCGUUGCAUCAAACACAACCUCAAGUGCAGCAUCGACGAUGGCUUCAAGAGACUGGGAAAGCGUGCUCAGCACGAUGAGAUGGCCAAGGAGUUGGACAUGUGCAAGGCCAAGCUCGCACGAUUCGAAGCACUGGGCAUGCGUCUGCCAGAAGAUGAGGGACGACCAGAGUCCAACUAUACCGGCAGCUAUCAAGCCUCGCCAGCUUCAGGAGCACCAGUCGCCCCAAUGGGCUCUGGAUCAAACGCAUUCUUGGGCGCCAGCGAGGCUGCAGCAUCUAGAAGCUUGCUGGACUUGAGCCAAGGAUAUCGAGAACUCGCCCCAACCAGCUAUCCGUCCAUCACACCCGGCACCUCCAUGAUGACCCUCGGCAGCGUCACUCUCACCGAGACUCAGAUCACCGAGCUCUACCGCGUAUUCUUCGACUGCUACCACGUAUUCUUGCCAGUCCUCAAUCCUGAGCUACCGUACAAGACUUACUACGAGGAGCAUCCACUUCUUCACUGGACCAUCAUCUCCGUCGCGGCUCGCAAAUGGGACCAGAAGCCAGGCCUGUUCAUGGAAUUGCAACGCCCACUCGAAGAGAUUCUCUGGAACACGCUCGCCCAAGUACCACAAUCCUACCAUGUCUGCAAAGCACUUGCACUUCUAUGCACAUGGCCUCUACCAACCUCCUCUACCUCGCAAGAACCCACAAUGAUGCUCUGCGGCGUCAUGUUCCAGCUUGCCAUGCAGUACGGCCUGCAUCGUCCCUCACACGCACAAGACUUCAUGCGAUUCCGAAUCGACUUGCGCGAGGAAGACAUUUCCGACCGUCUCAACACUUGGGCGACUGUCAAUAUCGUAGCACAGAAUGUCGCUACCGGAAACGGCCUGCCACCACUCGCUAGAUGGGCGUGGUUUACGUAUGGUCUUCAUCUUAACCGCAUGAAGCCAGAGAUCCAGACACGCUGCCAGAUCGAGAAGUUUUGCGAUACCGUUACCAGAACAUUGUAUACCAUGCAGCGUGACCACGUCGUUGAGGUAGAUCAAGCUCAGCGUGGACUUCAAAUCGACAUGUACGCGAGAGAACUCGGCGAGCUGGAAGUCACAGUACUAUCAACCAGCAACUCACCCGUCGACGUCCUAUACCUCAAGACCGCCCAACUGCACCUCCGUCUGACCGCAUUCUUCGACAAGCCACAGCAGCCGAACUACUACGCAGACCUCAGGAAUGUCUACAUCGCAGCCUCCGCUCUCCUACAGCAUGUCAGUGAUAUGUCGAUGGAUCAAUUUGUCUACGUACCACGCUACAUCGAACAGAUGAUGCUGGCAGCCGGCGCAACAUUGAUGAAGAUCCUGAACUCCUUCUACGCCGCACACGUCGACAUCGUCCACGGACGAACACUCUUCUCCCGCGCCGUCACUCAUCUCCGCAAGCUGAGUGUCCGAUCCAACGACCUGCCGCAACGACUCGCAGAAGUCAUGGCCCAGCUCUGGAACAGCAGUAAUGCGAUGGAACAGAAGCUGUUUGCCGAUGACGGUCAGGGUGGCGGCAUCCCCAGGACAGCCGAUGAGAGCCUGCAACUGAAGGUGCGCUGCCGCUCCUCUCUCUCGGUCCUCUACGACGCCAUCUGGCGUUGGCGCGAGCGUGUCGGCCAGCCUGGUCGAGACAGCCUUGCUCAGGCGGUAGAGCACCCAACUGCGUUGCCGACAGAUACGCAGUCCCGCAACACGCCGCAGCCGCCCAACGGCCUCCAGGGCGCGGGUCCAAUACCCGCCGCCAACGACAACCUCGGCCUGAGCGCGGCCGGCGCGCUCGAUGGGAUGGAUUGGGGCUCGCCGUUUGGUGGCAAUGCGGUGUUCGAUCCGCUCAGCUGGGCGCUGGAUGGCAAUCUUGGCCUGGGCGGUGGUCUCUUUGGUGGGCAAGAUCCGCUGGGUGCGGGGAUUUAUCAGGGAUAG